GAAGUCAACGUUCCUAUAUAACGAAUGAACUGAAAGAAAAACCGAUAAAGCAAGAAACCCUGCAUUUGAACACCUUUGGAGAGGAAGGAUUCAAAUGGCAAAAAUGUGAUAUGUUCUCUCUGCAAUUGCAGGGAGAGGACGGUGAAUUAGACAUUGAAUUAUCGGCCUUGGCAUUUCCAGUCAUUUGUUCCCCUGUGUCAACAAGAAUUAACAUUCAAGAAUUUCCCCAUUUAGACGGACUGCAGUUUGCUGAUAAGUUGGAUGGAGAAGAUCACCCGAUUGACAUGCUCUUGGGAGCUGACUACUAUUACAAGAUAGUCACAGGUGAAGUUAUCAAAGGCGAUACUGGUCCAACAGCUGUGGGAAGUAAGCUGCGAUGGCUACUUCUUGGUCCUAUGUCGACAACGACAUAUUACACACCAUGUCACACCUUGUUAUCGAUGGACGGAGAGAAAUGUUAUUCAAAGAGAAAGGAAAUGACGAAUUAG